GCGCAAUAGAAAGAGCUCUCUGGAGUCUGGAAAAUUUCACUCUCACCCUCUCGCUCUUUUGCCGGAGCAACUGUCUUUGUCUCUCCUCCAUCGCCGUUUUCCCAAUCGUUGAAUUGAAAGCUUGAAACUUCAGAGCUCAGGCAAUCAAAUCCCUCGCCAGGAAGUAGGAGGAUUUUGCCUUGGGAAGUAAACAAAAUGCCUCAGGUGAGGAUUAUUGCGAAGAACUUCAUGGACAUGGUGGCGGCUUUGCCCGCCAUGAAACUCGACAUUCUCUACGAGAAUCCUUUCAUCUGCGAAGCGAUUCUCAGGUCGCUGCCGCCAUUGGCGAAGAAGUACGUCACUCAAAUGCUGUUCUCGGAAGGAUCAAUUACUGCUAAAUUGUUGGAGGAAUGGGUGCUUCCUGAUGGUUCGACCAAGCACAGGGUCUCCAUUGAUAGACUAGUCCAGCUUAGAAUUUUUACUGAAUCAGUGGAAAGUGGCAGGAAAAAGGAGAAAUCUUACAGAUUGAACCCCACAUUUCAGGCUAACCUUCAGAAGCGUAUAACUACAGGAGGUGUUUUGCCAAGGGAACCGAUGCCUCCAAGUCUUACUGGAAGACUUCCUAGUUUGGAGGAACUUGAGAAGUAUGCCCUUGAGCAAUGGGAGUGUUUCCUGCUUCACCUUAUAAACUCAGGCCAAGCUGAAAAAGUAACUAGCUUUAGUCCUUCUAUGAUGCGUGUUUUCCAACGAGGUCUUCUAAGUCAGAGCAAAGAUCCUAAAUUGACUGAAAGUGGUUUCCAGUUUCUGCUGAUGGAGACAAAUGCACAACUCUGGUACAUCAUCAGGGAGUACAUAUCUAAUUCAGAGGAGCGAGGUGUGGAUCCAGUAGACCUGAUUUCCUUCUUGUUAGAGCUCAGUUUUCAUAUGACUGGCAAGGCCUAUAAUUUGAAUACAUUGACUGAUGUUCAGAGGAGUACUCUCAGUGACCUUGCUGACUUGGGAUUGGUGAAACUUCAAAAGGGGAGGAAUGAUAGUUGGUUUAUACCUACUAAAUUGGCGACCAAUUUGUCUGUGAGCUUAGCUGAUUCAUCAACUCGGAAACAGGGAUCUAUUGUCGUGGAAACAAAUUUUAGGGUGUAUGAAUACUCAGCAUCUAAGCUGCAUUCUGAAAUUCUGCGUCUUUUCUCAAGGGUAGAGUAUCAUCUUCCUAACCUUAUCGUGGCAGCAAUCACAAAGGAAAAUUUGUAUGGUGCUUUUGAAAAUGGAAUCACAGCAGACCAGAUAGUGUCUUUUCUGCAGCAGAAUGCUCAUCCUCGUGUAGCACAGAGAACACCAUCAGUUCCGGAAAAUGUCACUGACCAGAUAAGGCUGUGGGAAACAGAUCUUAACAGGGUUGAGAUGUCUCCAGCCCAUUUGUACGACGAUUUCCACUCCCGGGAAGUGUUUGAGGCAGCUUGUGACUUGGCACGAGAAUGGAGCGGUUUGCUGUGGGAAGAUUCAGACAAGAUGAGAGUGGUUGUGAAGGCAGAAAUCCACCAGAACAUGCGUGACUUCAUUCGCGGCCAGAGACAGUAGACGAGAGAUAGUUCAAUCAGCUUCCAUGAUGCCAGCUCUGUCACCAGAACCUGAAGUUGCCGCGGAUAGUUCCAGUGUUGUGACUGCGGUCGGAACAUGAUUGGCCAAGGACUUGAUGACUUGAUGUACAGAUGUUUUGUUCUCACUGUAUAAUGAGUUUAAAGAAGUUCAGAAUUAUCAAGUAUGGCCUUCAUUCUUCUUCCUUCUUUGCAUGUAUGCUAGCUUUGGAGACCUCAAUAUCCAUAUUACUACAAUACUACUGUUAGAGAAGAGAAGCAGUGCUGUUAAUAGAAGUACUAUUAUAAGAAAUGCUCGACCCCUUUUGGGCAACAAAGUGGCUCCAUAACCCCGUUGAAGAUGAAAUGUUAUAAACAAGAUUACUCUAAGUCAAAACUUAUAAGUCUAAUUCAAAUAUCUGUAAAAAAAACUAGGAGCAAUUAGGAUAAAAAUUAUUCAAUGUUGCUGCCCAGGAUCGAACUGGAGACCUUCAUACUUACACAUACAUGACUUAAUCUUUGAGACAAGCAUAUGACUACAGGCAGGAUCAAUCAGGUAGCAUUCCCUCUUUCGACGCUCCAUCUCCAACUAACCGACCCAUCCAAGCAAACGCAAUGAAAUGAACAGGUCAAUUCAAG